GCGCGCGGCGCGUUCAGCAGUGUCAGUGAUCAGCACACCUGGGCAGAGUAACUGUGAGAGACACACCGGAACUCACCUGCAACAGACAUGGAAGAUGACGUCUCUGCCCUCGUUUUUGAUAUUGGAUCUAGCACCUUCAAGGCUGGCUUUGCUGGGGAUGAUGCCCCCCGGGCUGUCUUCCCCUCCAUCGUGGGCCGCCCCAGACAGAGUGUGCUGGUGGGAAUGAGGGAUAGCUACGUUGGAGAUGAGGCUCAGAGCAAUAAGUCCCUCCUGACCCUGAAGUACCCCAUCGAGCACGGCAUCGUCACCAACUGGGAUGACAUGGAGAAGAUCUGGCAUCAUACCUUCUACAAUGAGCUGAGAGUCGCACCUGAAGAGCAUCCAGUCCUGCUGACCGAGGCUCCCCUCAACCCCAAAGCCAACAGGGAGAAGAUGACACAGGUCAUGUUUGAAACCUUCAACUCUCCUGCCAUGUAUGUGGCCAUCCAGGCUGUGCUGUCCCUGUACUCCUCUAGUCGUGUCACAGGAAUUGUGAUGGAGUCUGGUGACGGUGUCAGCCAGAUUGUGCCCAUCUAUGAGGGGAAAGUUCUGACUCAUGCCACCAUCCGUCUGGAUCUGGCUGGCAGAGAUUUGACUGAUUAUCUGAUGAAGAUCCUGACGGAGAGGGGCUACAGGUUCACCCCCACAGCUGAGCAUGAAAUUGUGCGUGAAAUCAAGGAGAAGCUCUGCUAUGUGGCGCUGGACUUUGAGCAGGAGAUGCAGACCGCUGCCUCCUCUUCCUCUCUGGAGAAGAGCUACGAGCUUCCUGAUGGGCAGGUCAUCACAAUCGGCAACGAGAGGUUCCGCUGUCCUGAGGCGCUCUUCCAGCCCCCAUUCCUCGGUAUAGAGAUUGCUGGCAUUCAUGAGAUGACCUACAACAGCAUCAUGAAGUGUAACGUAGACAUCCAUGAGAACCUGUAUGCCAACAUGGUGCUGUCCGGUGGCACCACCAUGCUCUCUGGACUUGCUGACCGCAUGCAAAAGGAGAUCACUGCUCUGGCCCCACCCACCAUGAACAUUGAUAUCAGUGCUCCUCCAGACAGGAAGUACUCUGUCUGGCUUGGUGGCUCCAUCAUGGCUUCCCUGCCCACCUUCCAGCAGAUGUGGAUCAGCAAGCAGGAGUACGAAGAGUCCGGUCCCGGCAUCGUCCACCGCAAAUGUGACUAAGCUUCAGUUGACCCAUCCAGACUUCUGAUUCCUCUUGAACAGAAUUAAAGAUGUCCAACAAGAUGAACUUUACUCAACAGCCUGAAUUGAAGAUCCAAGAGUCUGGUUUGAGAGGAGCUGAUGCUUUCAGGUUUGGCCUGAAGGAUUUGAAAGCUCGAUGUCAAUCUGAAUCCAUCUUCCAUGUUUUCUGCAGGAACACUAUUUGUCAUCUCAAAACCGGUUGCAGUUGUGGACAAUACAUUGUCAUUUACAGCUGCAGGUUUGAAACUUUUCUUUGCUCUCUGGAGGUACAACUUUGAGUUUAACCCUUGUGCUAUCCUAUGACCCCACCCUUACUUUGAUGUGUUCUCCCUACCAUGACAAAGGUGGAUAAAGGUGGAGAGGAUUUCAUGUAAUCCAUGGACACCAGUGAAGAUCACAAAUCAUUGAAGAAAAAAGGUUCAGCGCACUGUCUAGUGGGUCUAGAUGACCCAGCUCCCAAUGGUAAAGUGCCAAGGAUAGCCCAAGGGUUAGAUUAGGGGUGCCUGUUAGAUUGAUAAUGCUCCACGUCCAUUCAAUCCUCUCUGAAUCCUCCCCACUCACCCCAUCCAUCCUCAUGUUCUCCUUCCAUUCACUCCUUAUGUGGUUUUCUUCUAGACCUCUAUGGUAGCUCCAUGUGGUGAACCGAGCAGAACCAGACCUGGACAGCAGUCUAAAUAAUUGUAUUCAUUUUCAAAAAAUGUCCUAGUAAACAAAAUGGGUCAAUAAAAGAGGUCGAAUGAA